CAGACUUGAUCCACCACUUUUUUUUUUCGUUUCUUCCAACAAUGCGUGCCUCGCUUCUGUUUGCGCUCUUCUUUGCCCUGCUCGCGUGCUUUGCCAUGCUUGCCUCGUCUGCCGUUGUGGACCAGUGCACCGACGUGACCACCCAGUCGACCUGCAGCCAGGACAAGGAGAGCGACGGUCUCGCCUGCGUCUGGUGCAUUGCCGCCGCCGUCCCUUCCUUCUGCGCUAACACUGCGCAGGCUGCCAAGCUUCCCCCGACUGUCUUCAACUGCUCGACCUCUCUUACAAAUUUUCCACCUUCAUCCUAUCAAAUGAUGGACGCUGCAGCACAGCCAACGCAGCCACUGUACUCUGCUGCAUCCACUGCAUCAUCCACUGCAUCAUCCACUGCAUCAUCCACUGCUACUGCUACUGCUGCUGAUGCUGAUGGGUCGUCGUCGUCGUCGCUGUCCAGGCGCAACCAGAUUCUGCACCAGCCGUACAAUGCAAAGCCAGUGCCAAAGUCGUUCAUCCUCGGCCUCUUUGUCUGGUGGAUGUUCUUCAUCAACGCAACGUCGCUCGCCGUGCACUCUGCUUUCCCGCAAGUGCCGUGGUGGAUGGUCACUGGCGGCUGGUACAUGACCAACAUUCUCGCCGUCAUUACCCACUGGAUUGGACACGUUCGCCUCGAAGGAAAGUACCUCGGAUGGUGGUACAGAGCUCACAUCGGACACCACAUCAACGACUACCCGCCGACCAAGUUCAUCAGCGAGACGUACGAAAACGCAAAGGAAGACAACUCGCAGGCGUACAUCGGCGCCAUCAUUCUGUCGCCUCUGAUUCUCUUGCAAUUCACCGACGACCGCUCCCUCGCCACCGUCCUGACUGCCAUUCUGACGGGCAUGAUUGAACUCAAACUUGCCGAUAUCAUGCAUAUGGGAUUCCACCAGCGCGACUUUUGGAUGGAGGGCCGCACGUUUGGCAUUUUCGAAAAGCUGCGCGACAUGCACUACUACCACCACAAGGGCACCAUGAAGCACAACUAUGCUGUUGCCGACUUUUGGCUCGACUUUUUGUUUGUCGGCAUUGAGUUUAACUGGGACGCGCCUGCCUCGCACGACACGCAUCUCGAGCACUCUGCCGCGCUGGCUGCCUCUGCCAGCAAGCUGAAAGCUUCUUAGCUGUUGGCUGUCUUACUUUGUUGUUACGUUUUGUUGAAUAUAUAUGCACUUGUUAUGA